AUGGGGAGCGACGACAUGAAUUUGAAGCCGGUUGAGUCGGCGCAGUCACUUGCUGCGACUUUCUCGCCUAUCCGUGAAGUGCUGUUCGUGACCAUUGCUUGCAUGGGCCAAUUUAUGGCACAGGUCAAUAUUGGCAUUUGUCUUUCGUCCCUUGAUAUUGUCGGCGAUGACUUUGGUAUCAAUGAACCUGGAAUUCUGAGCUGGUUCAUUGCCGGGUACUCCUUGACCGUUGGUACUUUCAUUUUGGUGUUUGGCCGUUGCGGUGAUCUAUUUGGUUAUCGUCGAAUGUUCAUCAUCGGAUUUUGUUGGCUUGCACUUUGGUCUCUCGUCGCAGGACUCAGUGUCUACUCGAACUAUGUGCUGUUCAUCUUUGCACGUGUGCUUCAGGGAAUUGGUAUCGCCAUGCUGAUGCCCAAUUCACUGGCACUGCUUGGGGCCACUUACCAACCAGGAAAGAAAAAGAACAUGAUCUUCGCCGUGUUCGGUGCCAUUGCCCCCAACAGUUCGGUUUUGGGAGGUGUCUUUAGUGCAAUCUUUUCCCAGUUGGCUUGGUGGCCAUGGACAUAUUGGACCCAGACCAUUGUGUGUAUCUGUUGCGCCGUAUUGGGUUUGCUCGUGAUCCCACCCAUCUGCCGCAACACUCUCACUGACAGAUCCUUCAUGGGCCUACUCAAAGCUCUCGAUGCACUUGGUGGAGCUUGUGGCAUUGGAGGGCUAGUGCUUGUCAACGUCGCAUGGAACCAGGCGCCUAUCGUGGGAUGGCACCAACCAUACGUCUAUGUCCUUCUGAUAAUCGGCAUCCUUUUUCUUGCUGCAUUUUUCUAUGUCGAAUUCCGGGUGGCUGAAUACCCUCUUAUUCCAUUCCACGCAUUCAGUCGCGAUGUCUCGUUUGUGCUCGGCUGCAUUGCCUGUGGUUGGGGCUCAUUCGGAAUCUGGAUCUACUACAGUUGGCGGUUUUUGGAGGUGCUCCGCCACUCGACCCCCCUUCUGGCAUCUGCCCAGUUUAUCCCUGUUGGCCCAGCUGGUAUUGCUGCAUGUGUUGCCACUGGCUGGCUGAUGAGUCGUAUGCGACCAGGCUGGAUUAUGGUGAUUUCAAUGACUGCCUUCACAUUGGGUAAUGUCCUCAUCUCAAUCGCACCCGUGCACCAGACAUACUGGGCAUUGACAUUUGUUUGCUUGUUGAUUACACCCUGGGGGAUGGAUAUGUCGUUCCCCGCAGCCACUUUGCUGUUGUCGAAUUCAGUCGAGCGCAAACAUCAGGGUGUGGCUGCAUCCUUAGUAACGACUGUUGUCAAUUACAGCAUCUCGCUGAGCUUGGGACUCGCCGGUACGGUGGAAGUUCACGUCAACAAUGGAGGCACCACUCCUGAUGACAUUUUGAAAGGAUACCGUGGUGCGUUAUAUUUGGCGGUCGGCCUUGGGGGACUAGGGAUGUUCCUCAGCAUGAUCUAUACGGUUAAUAGUUACCGGGCCAAGAAACAGGUGGAACAGGUGAAGGACGAAGAAUCUCCAGAUCAAUUUACCAUACCUUAG